GAACCAUCCGCGGGGUCUCUCGGGUCUCCAUGGGAUCGCGAUGAACGAGCGGCUGCCGCUGCUGUACCGCUCUGAGAGCAACUCCAAUGGGCCGCCGAAUGGGCCCUCCACGUUGUACGAGAUCAAGAGCCACGGCACCUCCAAGCGGACCCUGGAGAAGGGCUUUGACGCCCGCCACAACUUCGUGCACUUCGCGCCCAGUGGCCUGAAGAAUGUGGUGCCGCUACAGGAGCUCAUGGAGCGGCCCGGGGUCCGGAACUUCCUCUACCGGUCCAAGUGGUAUCAGAAGCCUUCGGUGGUACACCUGCGAAGCUUCAUGCGGGGAACCGCCAUCUCCAUCUGGUCGUUCAUCAGCCUGCUGAUCGCGCUCUUCUGCGGGGAUCUCUUCGCCCUGCUGAGCGUGCCUGGCAACACCCUCUGCGACGCCAUUUUGACGGCGGCCUUCGUCUUCUUCGUGCUGGAGUUCCUGGGGAACGCCCUUUCGGAUAGGACCUAUCCCUUGAGCUUCUUCUUCUACAUGGACCUGAUCGGGACCUUCUCGAUGGUCUUUGACAUCUCCUACAUGUGCGGCCCAGAUGCCACGGCGCUGGAGAGGCUACAAUCCUCUGGGGGCGGCGGUGGUGGCGUGAUCGUCAUGCGCGCGGCUCGUGCUGCGCGGAUUGGAGCAAGAGCAGGUCGGCUAAGCCGCGUUGCCAAGAUCGUCCGCUUCCUCUCCGGGUCUGAAGUAGAAGAGCAGCGAAAUGUCAGGAUGGCUAAGGUCAUCUCCAACAAGCUGUCGGACGUGCUCUCCAUCCGCGUGGCCUUCGUGGUGAUUUGCAUCGCGGUGGUCCUGCCGUCUCUGAGCAUCUUCGAGUACCCCGCCAUGGAGGAGUCGAUGACGGCGUGGACCACAUUCCUCGCCUCGGAGGCGCAGGAGUACGCGCAAGGCAGCCGAAGCGAGGAGGCCACAGCCAAGCUGGAUGGAGCCCUGAGUCGGCUGGCGGCCUUCUACUCCACCACCAACUACGGGCCCUUCAUGGCGUGCUACCACGAGAAGCCUUACCCCGGCGGCCCUGAGGAGGAGUUGGAAGGCUGCGGCGACGGCGCCAGCAGCUUGCGCCUGGGGGAGGAAGCCUUUCGGAACUUCUCACAGCCGAAGCGCCAGGAGUUUAUCCUGGUGACGAGCGUGCAGCACCUGGACAUUUUUUUCGACCUUGCAGCUCCAAAGCGACUGGAAGCGCUGAUGGGCAUCAGCCUCAUCAUGUUCAUCAUCCUGGUCAUGAUCAUCUUUAGUUUGCCUGCCAACCAUUGGAGGCUCAAAGGGUUGACACGGCAAUGCUGGGACCUGGGUAUGGCAGGACUUGAACGAAGCACCAUUCUGAGCGAGAACAUCUCCACAGUGGCACUGCUGCCCUUGGAGCGGAUGCUCGACGUGGUGCGCCAGCGCUGUGCACAGAUCUUCCGAUACACGGACGAGCUUCAGGAGGAGGAGGAGGAGGACGAGGAUGCGGCAGAAGCUGAAGCGGACGAGGAGCACAAAGACGAGGAGGCGGAGCAGGAUAAUGAAUUUGCUCUGCUGGAGAAGGCUGUCGCCAAGUUAGGCGCCAUUGCCAGCCUAAGCACCAAGAACAUCGUGAAGGAGGAUAUCGUGACGGAGGACGACCUCAUGGUGCAGGGCUGGAGCCAGGGCAUCCGCUCCACGAGGAAUGAUCCGGUGGAGUCGACGGACCUCAAGAUGAGGAUCUCCAACCUGGUGGCUGCAGAGGACGCCACGUUCAUGACCAGCCUCUACAAGCAGGUGCCAUCCGAGAUGCUGGAGCUCUCAAGGACGCUGCACUUCAAUGCCACGACACCCUCGCGGAGCGAAAAUCUGGCGAUCUGCGCCAUCACCCUGCGCGACCACGUGGGUUCCAAGACCUUUGCGCACUCGGUGAAGCCCAUGAAGCUGGUGAAGUUUGUGACCGCGGCGGAGAAGAGAUACUUGCCAACGCCCUUCCACAACUUCUCCCACGCCUUGGACGUUGCCUGCAGCCUCUCCCUGCAAAUGACGCAGGUGCAGGCGGACGUCUUCAUGUCGGACCUGAGCCAGUUCGCUUUGCUGGUGGCCGCGGUAGGCCAUGACAUGGGCCACGAGGGCCUGAACAACACCUUCUUGGUGGAGACCUCGCAUGAGCUGGCGGUCACCUACAACGACAAGAGUCCGCUCGAGAACAUGCACUGCUCCAAGCUCUUCCAGCUGCUCCGCGAUCCGGAAACCGACGUCUUCAGCUCCGUGGCCAAGGAUCAAUACAAAGAAGUGCGAGAAGAUAUCAUCCAGGCCAUCCUGCACACAGACGUGACGAAGCACAACGAAAUGGUAAAGGAUCUGGCGCUGUUCUAUCAGAUGAACAAGGAGACCUUGAACAUCGAAGAGCUUGCAGAGGAGGCUGGUGGGGUGCUCAAAGCAAGCCGCACCACCAUGAUCAAUGCCCUGCUGCACUCGGCAGAUGUGAACAAUCCCUGCAAGCCCUGGGAAGUUGCGAAGCAGCUUGCCUACAGCUGUAUGGAUGAAUUCUUCGCUCAAGGUGACAUGGAGAAGAGCUUAGGAAUUCCAGUGGGCUUUCUGAACGACCGUGAGAAGGUGAACAGGGCCAACUCGCAGAUCGGUUUCAUCGAGUUCAUGAUAGCUCCCUUCGUUGAGGCGCUGGUCUUGAUUUUCCCACCGCUGCAGCAGAUGUCCAUUUACACCGCUGAGAACGUGCAGCGCUGGGCUCGCGUUUGGAGAGAGGAGGCAAAUCCCCAGGAGCAGGAGAAGGAGAAGAUGGCGGCGAGGGUCCAGAAGGUGGUGGCGCGGCUCAACGCAACACUUCAGGCUGGUCCUUCUUCACCUAGAGGUUUGACUUGACCCAGUCUUGAAAGCCAAGACGCCUCGUUGUACACAGGAAAAAGCGAUCCAAGACCCGAGUGGCAAAGUUCCACGGGGCUCGGAACCUG